GGAGUCUUAAUUUCUGGCCAUUCUUUUGCCAUGGAUGAAUCUAGCAUGACAGGAGAGAGCAAAAUUGUCAACAAAAAUUCCAAGGAACCAUUUCUUAUGUCUGGCUGCAAAGUCGCUGAUGGCAGUGGAACUAUGCUGGUAACCAGUGUUGGGAUUAAUACCGAGUGGGGAUUGCUUAUGGCAAGUAUUUCUGAGGAUAAUGGUGAAGAAACACCAUUACAGGUACGCUUAAAUGGUGUUGCAACUUUCAUUGGUAUUGUUGGGCUCACUGUAGCAUUUGUUGUCUUGGUCGUCCUUUUGGCCAGGUACUUUACUGGCCAUGAAAAAAAUGCUGAUGGAACUGCACAGUUCACCGCAGGCCAAACUAAAGUUGGAAAAGCUAUAGAUGGAGUCAUUAAAAUUAUUACUAUUGCUGUUGUUAUUGUGGUUGUUGCGGUCCCCGAAGGGCUUCCCUUAGCUGUUACUUUAACGCUUGCUUACUCAAUGAGGAAAAUGAUGGCAGAUAAAGCUCUGGUACGUAGGCUCUCUGCUUGUGAGACCAUGGGUUCUGCAACAACAAUUUGCAGUGACAAGACUGGAACCUUAACUUUGAAUGAGGCAAGCUUAAUUGUGAGAAGAGCUUUUUGGCUCGAAAAGCACAAACUGCACCAAACGGGUCAGCUUCCAAAACUUGCUGCAGCUUUUGAGAAGCUCAGCUUCUCGCCUUUCUUUGCAAAACCCGGAAGCUCCCAUUUCUUUACUUCCGCGGGAGCUUCUCGCUUCUAAUUUAAUGAAAUUGACAUGGUCUU